AUGGCUGCAGCUUUCGAUGGACACAAAAGUGUGUUUGACUUCCUCGAAUCAAAGGGGCCAGACAUCUCUAUGCUUGAUACAUCUGGUGAUAGUGUACUUCACCUUGCCUGUCAGGGAGGAAACACGGCUUUGGUUGAACAUCUGUUUUCAGAUUCUAAUAUCAACCUCAAAGGCGAUGAAGGAAGGACACCAAUCAUGGCUGCAGCUUUCUAUGGACACAAAAGUGUGUUUGACUUCCUCGAAUCAAAGGGGCCAGACAUCUCUAUGCUUGAUACAUUUGGUGAUAGUGUACUUCACCUUGCCUGUGAGGGAGGAAACAUGGCUUUGGUUGAUCAUCUGGUGUCAGAUUCUAAUAUCAACCUCAAAGGCGGUAAUGGAAGGACACCAAUCAUGGCUGCAGCCUUUAGUGGACACAAAAGCCUGUUUGACUUCCUGGAAUCAAAGGGGGCAGACCUCACUCUGCUUGAUACAUUUGGUGAUAGUGUACUUCACCUUGCCUGUGAGGGAGGCAACACGGCUUUGGUUGAUCAUCUGGUGUCCAAUUCUGAUAUUAACCUCAAAGGCAAAAUGGGAAGGACACCAAUCAUGGCUGCAGCUCUCAAAGGACACAAAAGCGUGUUUGACCUCCUUGAAUCAAAGGGGGCAGACCUCUCUAUGCUUGAUACAUUUGGUGAUAGUGUACUUCAUCUUGCCUGUGAGGGAGGCAACACAGCUUUGGUUGAUCAUCUGGUCCAAUUCUGA